AUGAAAAUAUUAAGCUGGAACUGCCAAGGGCUUGGGAACCCUUGGACAGUUCAAAGCCUUCGCAGCCUCGUGAGGGAUCAAGCUCCCAUGGUUUGUUUCUUGAUGGAAACUAGACUAAACAAGGAAGGUUUUGAGGAAAAGUGUGGUGACUUACCGUUUGCUAAUAAAAUAGUUGUGAAGUAUCCCAACUUAGGAGGCGGGAUAGCAUUACUGUGGAAGGAAUGUGUUAAGUUGGAUGUCAUCAACUACACAGCCAACCAUAUACUAGCCAAGGUGGUAGAUAAAGAUGGCUUUUGGUGGUAUCUAACUGGAUUUUACGGAUGGCCUGAGAACAGUCAGAAAGCUAAGUCAUGGGAGCUUUUACGACAUCUUCGCACGUUGGUGGACGGACCGUGGGUGUGCAUUGGAGAUUAUAAUGCUGCUCUAAACUCAACAGAGAAACUAAGUAAGAGACCGGUUCAAAGCAACCAAAUGGAAGCAUUUCGUGAGACGUUGGAGCAUUGUCACCUUGAAGACUUGGGCUUUAGGGGAUACAAAUAUACAUGGAAUAACAAACGGCCUGGAGAUGCAAACACAAGAGUGAGAUUAGACAGGGCCACAACCACUGCAGAGUGGAGGGAGAAAUUUCCGCUAAGCACAGUAAACCAUUUAUCGUCUCACGCCUCAGACCACUUACCCAUCAUGCUGCAUGUUCAAAGCUCUAGAAGGUUACGGUACAAGGGCCAGAGGGGGUUCAAGUUCGAGGAAACAUGGUUAUUGGCAGAAGAGUGUAACGAGGUGGUUAAUGCCGCUUGGAGGAAGGGUGGGGCAGAAGCAACGGGGUUAGAAGAAGCUAGACAGAAGAUAGUGGACUGUGCAGCGGAAUUACAAGCAUGGGGAGUUGCAAGGUCCCAUACCGACUCGGAGGAAAUUAAAGUGCUUCAGAAACGGGUUGAAGUGUUGAACUCGGCGGAACUCACAGAGGAGAGCAAAGCAGAUUUCUUGGCAACUAGCAAGAAGCUGGAUGAGUUACUCCUCAAACAAGAGAUUUACUGGGCUCAAAGAUCGCGGGUAUCGUGGCUGAAGCAUGGAGAUAAAAACAUGAAAUUCUUUCAUUCAAAGGCUUCCCAACGGAGAAGAAGAAACUGGAUUCAGGGAAUUAAAAACUCAAACGAAGAGUGGGUGGAGGAGGGGGAGGAUAUUGCAAGGGUGGCUUUGGAUUACUUUGACAACUUAUUUCAAGCAGAAGCAUGUGACAAGGUUGAUGAGUGCCUAAGGGCUGGAACUCCAAAGGUGACUCCAAAUAUGCAGCAAUUUUUGUUAACUAGCUUUAGUGCGGAAGAGAUUAAGACAGCAUUGUUUCAGAUGGGAUCUGCAAAAGCACCUGGACCCGACGGUCGCCUAAUCAUUGAUAAUGUUUUAGUAGCAUAUGAGACACUACAUACUAUGCAUGGGAGGAAAAAGGGGAAGAAGGGUUCACUUGCUCUAAAACUAGAUAUCAAUAAGGCGUAUGACCGGGUAGAAUGGGAUUUUCUACGUGGAAUCAUGGAGAAAUUGGGAUUUCCAGAGACAUGGGUGGAUAGAGUGAUGGGUUGUGUGACUACUGCUUCCUUUUCUGUUCUCAUUAAUGAGAGUUUUACUUCUUUAUUACAGGAAGCAGAUAUGGAGAGUCGAAUCAAGGGUGUCUCUAUAUGCAGAAGGGCGCCACGUAUUUCUAACUUACUCUUUGCAAAUGAUUCUUUAUUAUUCUGCCAAGCCAAUAAGAAAGAAGUGAAGGAGAUAAAAGAAAUUUUGCAGGUGUAUGCUAGUGCUUCGGGACAAUCCAUUAACUUGGAAAAGUCUUCGGUGUAUUUUAGUAGCAAUACACCCGUGGAACAAAAAAAUUGGAUAAAAGACGUGAUGGGCGUUAAGGAAGUGGAGCGAUUUGAAACUUACUUGGGCUUGCCUACAUUGGUGGGGAAUGAGAGGAAAAUUCAUUGGAGGAGUUGGAGCAAGCUCACUGAACCAAAGAGAAUGGCAGGAAUGGGAUUUCAAGACCUACACUCAUUCAACCUUGCAAUGCUAGCAAAGCAAGGGUGGAGGCUUAUACAAGAACAGGAAUCACUACUGUACCAACAUUUUAAAGCUAGAUAUUUCCCGAGAAGCCAAUUCAUGGAUGCCUCGGACUCACCAAAUAGCUCUUAUGUGUGGAAGAGUAUCAUGGCAGCCAAACCGAUCCUAGACAGGGGAUGCUAUUGGAGGGUCGGUGAUGGGGCUGACAUUAAGGUGCUUUCUGAUAAGUGGAUUCCAAACUACCCAACAAAUGGAGUGAUUCACCCACCAAGCGAGGUAGGAAGAGAUUGGUACGUCUCUGAUCUUAUUGACCCGGACUUGAAAUGGUGGAGAAGGGAUUUUAUUGGUACAAAUUUCCACAAGGAGGAUGCGGAUGCCAUUCUACGAAUAUCGUUGAGUCAUAGCCACACAUCAGAUGCCAUAGUUUGGUCACAAAACAAAAGAGGAGUUUACUCUGUAAAAUCAGGAUAUUAUGUAGCAAGACAAAAUCUCAAAAAUGAAAACUGGGCGGAGUGUUCCUCGAGUCCAAAAGGAAGGCAAGUAUGGUCAAAACUAUGGAAACUAAGGGUGCCAAAUAAGAUUAAGGUAUUUGGGUGGAGAGCCUGCCACAAUAUACUCCCCACCCGUGAUAAUUUGGUAAGGAGGAAAAUAUUAGAGGAUGACGGGUGUAUGCUCUGUUCAAGGAUGGCCGAAACAGGGGUCCAUGCGCUGUGGGAAUGUGCAGUGGCGAAAGAUGUUUGGUCGAGCAACAUGAUUAGACUUCAAAAGUGUGGUCAAGAUCAGCAGGAUGUACUCCAACUAUUCCAAGAAUUGAUGGAGAGAUUAUCUACAGCUAAGUUUGAAGCUUUUUUGGUUCAAUCUUGGCUUAUCUGGAACCAAAGGAACACGGUGAUGCAUGGAGGUAAGUUGAAAGACCCAAGCUGGCUGAAUAAGAGGGCGAAGGACUACCUGGAGGAUUUCCACCAAGCACAGGGGCAGUUGCAGAUUCCUGUAACAUCUUCAAGUGGUCAUGACACAUGGUUUCCGCCGCCUGAACCAAUCUACAAGUUGAACUUUGAUGCAGCAAUUUUUUCGAAGUUGGGGUGCUCAGGAGUUGGGGCGGUGAUACGGAAUGUGCACGACGAAGUUAUGGCAGCAAUGUCAGCACGAGGUCCUCCCGUUAUUGACAAUUCAGAGGCUGAAAUUUUAGCAUGCAGAAAGGCGCUCGAAUUUGCUGUGGAUGCUGGGUUCACGGACUUGGUCAUCGAAGGGGAUAAUGAAAAUGUCAUGAGAUCAGUCUCGGCUUCAGGAGCAGACUUGUCACGGCUUGGUCACAUCAUUCAAGACAUCAAAUGGCUUGCACAUGGACUUCGUUGGGUAUCCUUCAGUAGUAUUAAGCGAGGGGCCAACUCUGUGGCACACUCCAUAGCUAGAUAUGCAAAAACUGUGGAUGAAGAAUUGUACUGGGCGGCGGUUUUUGUAAAUGACGAGGAUGGUCAAGUCAGAGCCAUUCAUAAAAUCUUAGGGUAUGAUCCCAUCCAGAAGUCAUUUGCCGACCCAAAGCACGUGAUCAGAGCUAACGAUCCUCGGCUUCAGAAAAUCACUGUAGUCGAGUCCGGGUUUUUGAUCACUGAAAGAUCUCCUAUCCCAAAGGGCAUCCCGUCGGUGGGCUCUUCCUUGUCUCACCAAGCAGUAGAGGACAAAGGUGAUUUGGGUCUGUCCGAGGAGGAAUUCGGGGUAUUUAACCAAGCUGACCCAUCCGAGGACCCUUCCAGUGAUCUGGGUGACCCAAACUUGUCCGAAGCAAAACUGUUGUCAGUGGGAACAUCUUCUCGGGCAAAGAUGGGUCUUAAAAGAAAGCCCCCGACCAGCUUAUUCGACCUCAUCGAGGGUCAGCCGGGGAAGGCUGCGCAGGGAAAGCUGCAAUCUAGUGUUCCAACUCCCCCACCCCAGCCCCAGCCUGUCUAG